AUGCGAAGAUCAAUUUUAUUUGUAAAUAAUUUAACAGUCGAAUCAUCAGAAAGAAAUAUAAAUAUAUCAUUAUUACCAGGAUCAGGCACCCAGUUCAAUUGGUUGGUUUAUAAAGAUGGCUUUAAUUUAUUAGAAAACGAAAGAAAAAGGACAAUAUCAGGAACAGAUUCAUUUAUAAUGAAAUGUGUCACAACCUUUGAUAGUGGAAUCUAUCAUUUUAAACAAAAAGAUACAACAAAUACAGGAUACAAUAUAGAUACAGCCAAGUUUCAUUUGUCAGUUAUUGGUAACGAUACAGAAACCUUAACAUUAGAAAGAGCUCCAUCACCAAUUAUUAUAUCGGGUAGUGCAUUCCCAAUACAACCUAUUAUUGGAUUUGGUAGAACUGAAAUGCCAGAAUGGAUUGGUGCAUCCAAAGGAAGAAUUGAACCAGUUAUAUUAAGCAGCCCAUCAAAUGGAAAGAACUCACACUAUUCUUUACAAUUUCAAAGUCCUCAAAUCGAUUUUAAAAAGAAAAUUGUAACAUUUAGUAGUUUGUCUAUCUUGGGUGAAAAGGGUAAAUACAGAAUUGGGUUCAUCGAUAUGGAUACUUGCGAAAUGAUUAAGCUCGAUAUGGAUAUAAUGGUAGUCGGCGUACACAUGACAGUUGUAUUCGAAACAGCGAUUUCCUUAUUUAUAGUUUGGAUUAUCAUUGUUUUGUCCUAUGUCAUUGAUAUUAUAUCAAAGUAUAAAAUGAAGUCUAAAGGUUUUCUCCCAUGGAGAUUGGCAAUUCUCACACCAAUGGAAAGCAUAUACAAGUAUAAAGGCGAAGGUAUAAGAUUUUAUUUCAAGUCUCAAAGAAUUUUGAUAUUCAUGAUGGGGUUUUUCGCAUUCAUUUCAGUUAUUCUCUACAUACCAGUUACUAUGCAAGGUGAUAAUAAGUUUAGAGACAUCUAUUUAUACUCUCAACCAAACUGGAAUGCAUACUCAUCAUAUUUGUUUUUGUAUCAAGUCCAAGCAGCAUUGUUUUUUGUUGGUAUGAUUAUAGUUUACACCAGGUUCAACGACGAGAGAAUUUACCUUUCCUAUGACAGCAAUCAUUUGGUAACAUCAAGGACCGUUCUUUUAACAGGUUUACCAAAAUCACUAGUAAAUAUUCAGUUGCUUAAAGAUUUCCUUCAAACAGGCUAUUCUAAUGGUAUAUACGCUGCAUCGAUUGUGUUGGUAAAAAUAUUUUCACAGCAAGAUAAGGAGAAUGAUGUUAAUGGAAGAUUGGAGCGUAUUUAUGUAGAUCCAAAUACUGAUAUUAAUCAACUACCAUCCAACCAAACAGUAGAAUCUACUGGUAAGGCAUUCAUUACAUUUUCAUGUGUAUCUGAUGCCCAUCUUUUUACAAAUCAAUUUUCACCAUACAAAUGGACCAAAGCACUCAUUAAGCGUAUUACUAAACCACACAUACCCGAGGAAUAUAGAGUAGAGUUGGCCACUGAUAAAUGGAAGGCAUACAGUUCACCAAGAGUAUCCGAUAUCUUGUGGACAAAGCUCCACAACCCAGCAAACUUUAGACAUGUUGGUAUAACUGUUGCACAGUUCUUUGGUACCAUAUUUUUCUUUUUGAUUUUGGUUUGCAUAAUUUUAUUUUAUAUAGAAACUCAAUUUUCAAUUGUUCCAGGAUUUUCACCUAUUUACUUCAAUACAAGUGUUGAUGGAUUUUAUGCAUUGGGAUCAACUGUUAUUUAUUAUUUUAUACCAUCAUUGUUGCUAUUGUUUUUAAACAACUCAAUACCAAGUGCAAUCAGAUAUAUUUUAUUGAAAUCCAAUAGUUAUGUUAGAAGCUUUUCAAAGAGCAAAGGUAUGUUCCUUACUUUUGUUUUCCAAUCCCUAUUAAUCGUUCUAUAUCCAUCAUUCUACUUUUUAAUAAACAAUACUGGUGAUUUUGGUGGAUUUGGACCCAACAGCUUUAUUAUUCCAAUCAAUUUCUUUAGAAGAGGUGGCGUUUUCUUUUUCCAUUUUAUGAUUAUUUUCUCUAUAGUGACUCCAUUUUUAGAAUUAACAAAUCUAUUUGAUAUUGUAAAGAAAUUCUUUAUUCAUCAUAGAAGUUUAAAAGCCGAAGAAAUUUUAACAUUCGAACCAUUAGAUUUAAAAAAACAAUAUUUAAACUCAUUGUUGGUGAUGAUGAUUGUAGGUUGUUAUGGUCCAAUUUUCCCAUUAAUCUUUGUUUUUGGUUUGUUUUAUUUAAUUGCAAAAUUCUUUUUGGUUAAAUAUGUUUGUAUCGCCUCAAAAGCUCCCAUUCCACAGAGUGACAGAUAUUUUGUAAUAUCAUUUCAAAAGUGUAUUUGGUUUAUUCUCACCAUGGUUACAAGUUUCCAUUUCUAUUAUGUUCAAUCAAUUAGAAGAUUGGAUUUACUGUUUUUAUAUAUAUUUUUACUGGUAAUAGCUUUUGGUAAAUAUAUUCCAACUUGCUCAAAGAGUUUAUGUUAUAGCGUUUUCGAUGGUGCAGUUUUCCCAUGUCUAGCAAAGGAUGGCGAUAAUAACGAUGAAGAUGACGAUGACGAUGAUGACAAUGAUGCAGAAUAUUACGAUGACUCAAAUGAUGAGGAUGACUCAGAGGAAGAUUCAGAAGAUGGCUCAGAAGAAUAUAUUAUCAAUGGCAAUGGGUUAAACGAAAGAGGAGUUAAGAAAAGAGAUAACAAAUAUCAUAGCCAAAAUGAUAGUCAUUCUAAAGAAAAGAAUUUCCAAAAUGAAUAUUACGAACAAAAUGAUGAAGAAGAGUCAGAGGAUGAUCAAUUACCAAAAGAAUAUUAUUAUGAUGAAGAUUUAGAAGAGUUUAUUGAAAAACCAUCACAUAAUCCAUUUAAACGUCGUCGUUCAAAUAUAUUUUUACAAAAAAAAUCGCCUGAAACAUAUAUGAAAUUAUCACCAGAUAAUAAUUAUAAUAAUUAUAAUAUUAAUAAUAAUAAUAGUAUUAAUAAUAAUAAUAGAAAUAAUAAUCAUAAUAUUAUAGAUAAUAAUAAUAAUAAUAAUAAUAUUAAUAAUAAUAAUAAUAAUAAUAGCGGUAUAAAUAGUAAUGUAGACAAUACAAAUAAUUCUGAAGGUAAAAUGAUUGAAGAGAUUAAAGAGUACUUAAAAGAUCCAGAGGAUAAUGCAGUAGAAUUAAAAGAAAGAAAAUUCAAAAUUAAAGAAAAGAUAUUAAAAAUCAAACAAAGUUAUACAAGUGGUAAAGGUGGGUUUUUAUCAAAAUUUUUCAAUCGUUAUAAAUUACCAACACCAGAAUCCAUGACAGUAACUCAGUAUGUCUCACCAUAUUUCAGUUUGGAUGUUUCUCAAUGUGAAAAUGUUAAAGAUAUCGAAUCUGACGAUUAUGAAUACGAAUACGAGGAGGGUUAUGACGAAGAAGAGGAAGAAGAGGAAGAAGAAGAAGAAGAAGAUUAUGACAAAAAUCAAAAACCAAAAUAUCAACAAUACGACGAAGAGGAUGAAUACGAAUACGAAAUUAGAAAACAAUAUGAAAAGUAUUAUUAA